AUGUGUGGCCUGCAGCAUCGGGCACAUCGCGGGAGCCUGAGUUUCCAGCAGCCUCCCCUCCCUGCAGCAGAACAUAGGCCAGAGCCCGCCAGAGCCAGCCGAGCCGGUCCAGGAGGCACCGGAGAGCAGACUGUCCGAUUACCCCAGGACAGCCUGACCGGUGAGCCGUCCCCUGGCGAGCCUGCCACCCACACCGGUAUUCGGUUCGUCGUCCGAUUCAAGACACAAGAGGCUUGCCACCCUUUGGCCGACUUUUACCCCGUCACCGGCAUCGCCAGUGUGAUCUCGGCGGGGCCUUGGGGGAACGACGGCGGGGAUAGAAGUCUGCGUUUGGUGAGCGGCAGAUGGCAGACAGGCAUCACCAUCCUUCGUCUCGAGGCGCCCUGA